UUCUUCCUCAUUAAUGGUUUUCACAAUCGAUUUUUUCUUGAUCUAGUUAUUUGACUUUUUUUUUUUUCAAUGCCAACCUCGGAAUUAACCGCAUAUGUGAAAUGAAAUUGAUGCAUAUCCAAUCCCUGGAAAUUCUAGAUCGCAUGUGUGAAGUGAUAAGACCUUCAUAUGGGAUGCUAUCCCCAUUAGCAAAGCUUGAUACUAUCUCAGGUGCAGCUUUGCAGAUGCAGAGAGAAUUGCAAUGGUUUAAGGAGGUGGAGACUAUGGUAUUUCCCAGGAUCAGAGAAGCUUUAAAUGCGGAAUAUUUGACACCACGUGUUUUGUUUACCAAGAACCACAAGGACUUGGUGAAGGAAGGAGAAAAGUGGAUGAAAGAAACCGCAACAUCCUGUACAGUUGUAGGUGCUCUCAUUAUUACCAUCAUGUUUGCUUCAGUAUUUUCAGUUCCUGGUGGAAACAAUGGAGAAACAGGGCUUCCUAUAUUCUUGAAUAGAAAGUUAUUCAUGGUGUUUAUAGUUUCAGAUUCUAUAUCGCUCUUUUCUUCCACAACUUCUGUGUUGAUGUUUUUGGGAAUCCUUACAUCACGUUAUGCAGAAGAUGAUUUCCUCAAAUCUUUACCAACAAAGAUGAUAAUAGGUCUUUCCACCUUAUUCAUCUCUAUUGCCGCCAUGAUGGUUGCCUUCUCUUCUGCCCUUUUCAUUAUGAUCCAUGAACAAUUGUGGAUUGUUAUUCCAAUCAUUUUCCUCGCUAGUGUUCCAAUCACCUUAUUUAUUUGGAUGCAAUUUCCUCUUCUCGUUGAGAUUUUUAUUUCUACUUAUGGAAGCGGAAUAUUUGAUAGGAAAGUGAAACAAUGGACAUAA